UGGAGCGCAAACAAAAGGUGUUCGACAUUCGGUGGAGAACGCGGAUUCCUUUGUGCUGAUUCGGAAAAUUGCAAACUCGUUCAUGACAUUCGAUCGGAAGUUCUGUUGAGAAGGAUUUCACGUUGACCAAAAUAAGGACUAAUUAAUCAGAUACUUAGGCGUUUUUCAACCUUCAAGUGAGGGAUGGCCCCGAACGUGAUAUCGGCCACAGUGGAAGAGGCGCCACGGGAGACGCAUAGAAACACCAAACCUCUAGAGCCCGUCCAGAUAGUCUGGAGGAAUGUUAUCCUUUUUUUGGGACUACACAUCGCUGCCGUCUACGGCAUGUACUUAGCUUUCUGUUGUGCCUCUCUCUGUGCCUGGCUCUAUGGAAUCCUAUUAUGCUAUGCAUCUGGUCUUGGUGUUACUGCAGGAGCCCACAGGUUAUGGACGCAUAGGGCGUACAAAGCAAAACUUCCUCUUAGAAUAUUUUUAGCAUUUUGCAAUUGCAUGGCGCUACAGAACGACCUAUACGAGUGGGCUCGUGACCACCGUGUCCACCACAAGUUCGCCGAGACUAAUGCUGAUCCUCACAACGUCAAUCGCGGGUUCUUCUUCGCUCACAUGGGCUGGCUCAUGGCCAAGAAACAGAGGGAUGUCAUCGAGAAGGGCAAAACAGUCGAUGUCAGUGACGUCUGGGCAGACCCUGUCGUCAGAUUCCAACAUAGAUUCUACGUGCCCCUUGCUGCUUUCUGCUGCUUCGUGAUUCCUCCAGCUGUUCCCUACUACUGCUGGGGUGAAGACUGGUAUACGUGUGUGUUUGGGGCUGGCUUCUUCCGUUACGUCAUCUGCCUCCACUUCACGUGGUUUGUGAACAGUGCUGCUCACCUAUGGGGCAACAAGCCCUAUGAUAAGUACAUCAGUGCCACCGAGUCCAAAUGGGUAUCAGCGUUGGCCAUUGGAGAGGGAUUCCACAACUACCAUCACACUUUCCCCUGGGACUACGCAACAAGCGAGUUAGGCUACAAAUACAACUUCACUACCUUAUUCAUAGAUUGCAUGGCCUAUAUAGGACAGGCAUACGACCUGAAGACAGCCAGUCACGAGAGUGUGCAGCAGAGGAAGAAGAGGACGGGAGACGGGUCUUACGACGAAAUCCUAGGCAAAAAAGAAUGACACACAGAGAAUUUCUGAUGGACAGUCUAUGUAAUUUUUACAAGAAACAUAAUGCCACCACCAAGAGCUGAAGUUCCUAAUCUUUUUGGACAACUAUGCCUGCCAUUAGAAGACUGCUGUCUGUUUACCAGAAAGUCUCGUGAUAGAAAUACGGCAUACAGCUUUGAUAAUGGAUGUCUUGUACAGCAAGAGGUCACUGUUUGUUAAGCAUGGUCGCUGUGCAAGGAAUUAAUUUUAAUUUUACAAGUGACCUCCAAAAAAAUUGUAAAGUUUCAACUCUUAGUGGGAGCACCAGACAAGUUUCAGAGAAGCUGAAAUAUAAGCAAGUCAGAAAUAAAUGUCCGAUUCGAACAUUCCUUCAUAUGUCAAAUGAAAGAUACUGGCGAGUUGUUUUGUAUAUAAGAAUUCCUAGCAGUGUUUUUUAUAAGUGAAAAAAAUAUACUCUUUCUUUCUCUUGUUUUGAAAUAUGUUUCUUAGUACUGGUAAAACUUUGUCCCCUUCGUGUGUAGCAGAUCAGGCAUUACUUUCUUGCUUUGUAAUGACAUAGGGCUUCGUAAAU